CAUUGUACCCCCAAGGCAUUCUAAAUCAUUGGUAUUAUGGCAUCACCCUUGUUCUUCCUCCUGCUACUUCAGUCUUUUCUUGUUUCUACUUCUGCUUCUUCCACCACUUCUUUACUUAAUCAAACAGAAACUCUUCUCAAAUGGAAAGCUAGUCUUGACAACCAAAGCCAAAGUUUCCUCUCUUCCUGGGUUGGGGAAACUCCUUGCAGUUGGGUUGGAAUUGCUUGUGACAAAGUUGGAAGCAUCACCAACAUAAGCCUUUCAAAUUUUGGUCUCAAAGGUACACUCGACAACCUUAACUUCUUGGCCUUCCCUAACCUAAUUCGCUUUGAUGUUGGUAAUAAUUCACUUUAUGGGGCCAUUCCUUCUGACAUCGUUAACUUGUCCAAACUCACUUUUUUCAAUUUGUCUACUAAUGACAAUUUUUCUGGAAAUAUUCCCAAGGAUAUAGGAAGGUUGAGUUUGCUUGCUGUACUUGACCUUGCUUGGAACCAACUUAGUGGUUCGCUUCCUGUUUCUGUAGGAAAUUUAAGCAAUAUGUCUUACCUUGCAGUCACUGGCAAUAACCUCAGCGGUUCCUUGCCUCAAGAAGUUGGAAUGAUGAGAUCACUUGUUGUGGGUCUUUUAGGAUUGAAUUCCUUUACUGGUCCAAUCCCUGCAUCAAUAGGAAAUUUAAGCAAUUGUCAAUAUCUUUACCUUUCUGAAAAUGAGCUAUCUGGUUCAAUUCCUAGUGAAAUAGGAAGGUUAAGUUCACUUAUUGAUCUUCGCCUUAAAUACAAUCAGUUAUCUGGUUCUAUUCCUAGUGAAAUAGGAAGGUUAAGUUCACUUAAUUUUCUUGCCCUUCAUGACAAUCAGUUAUCUGGUUCUAUUCCUAGUGAAAUAGGAAGGUUAAGUUCACUUAAUUUUCUUGACCUUCAUGACAAUCAGUUAUCUGGUUCUAUACCUCAAGAAGUUGGGAUGAUAACAAAUCUUAAUACGCUUGAUUUUUCCAAUAACUCCCUAACUGGAAUGAUUCAAUCACUUUUCCACUUGCAGUUGUUAGGAAAUAAUCUCAAAGGUGUUAUACCGACUUCCAUAGGAAACCUAACCAGUUUAGUCUCUCUUCUUCUCUUUGAUAACGAGUUAAUUGGCUCAAUACCAUCAGAAAUAGGAUUUCUCAACUCUCUCACUAAUCUUGCUUUGCAUAAGAACAGUUUCUCUGGUCCAAUCCCAGCUUCUUUAGGAAAUCUAACCAGUUUAAACAAUCUUCGUCUCUCUGAGAACAUGCUUUCUGGUCCAAUCCCAACUUCUUUAGGAAAUCUAGCCAGUUUAAACAAUCUUUCUCUCUCUGAGAACAUGCUUUCUGGUCCAAUCCCAGCUUCCAUGGGAAACUUGACUAGACUUUCUUAUUUAUUUCUUAGAAAUAACUCUCUGUCUGGUCCUAUUCCAGUAGAAAUGAAUAACCUCACUGUUUUGAAAUCUUUACAAUUAAGUGAUAAUCAACUCACUGGCCAUGUACCUGACAAUAUAUGCCUUGGGGGAUUACUCAAAUUUUUGGCUGUUGACAGAAACAAUUUAACUGGUCCCAUCCCAAGAAGUUUAAGAAACUGCACUAGCUUAUACAGGGCAAGGCUUGAGGAGAAUCAACUUGAAGAAAAUAUAUCAGAAGCUUUUGGCAUAUAUCCCACCUUGGAUUUUAUUGAUUUGAGUGAUAACAAGUUGUACGGUGAACUUUCUCCAAAUUUGGGUCUAUGUCAAAACCUCACAAGCUUGAAGAUCUCCAACAACAAGGUAUCUGGUAGGAUACCUCCUGAGCUAGCUCAAGCCACUCAAUUGACUCGGCUUGACCUUUCUUUAAAUCAGUUGAGUGGGAAGAUUCCUAAGGAAAUAGGCAAGCUAACGACCCUGGCUUAUCUCUUGCUAAAUGACAACCAACUCUUUGGCAGAAUCCCACCAGAGCUAGGAAAGCUAGUUAAUCUGCAACAACUUAGCUUGGCAAAGAACAAUCUAGCUGGACCAAUUCCAAAACAACUUGGGAAUUGCUUCAAGUUAUUACACUUGAACCUAAGCAACAACCUAAUUGAGGAAAGUAUUCCAUCUGAAAUAAGCAAAAUAUUUGCCCUAGAAACUCUUGAUUUUAGUGGGAAUAAAUUAACAGGAGAGAUUCCACAAGAGCUUGGAGGAUCACGUGCGUUGGAAAUGCUGAAUCUUUCUCAUAAUAUGCUUUCUGGUUUCAUUCCUCCUACUUUUGAUGAACUGAAGAGCUUAACAAAUGUUAACAUCUCUUAUAAUCAGUUUGAGGGCCCUAUCCCACCUACUCAAGGUUUCCUUCUUGCCCCAUUUGAUGCUCUUAGAAACAAUAAAGGCCUCUGCGGCAAUGUCACUGGUCUCCCGCAUUGUGUAUCCAAAAGCCAGAAGAAAAGCCGCAGAGGACUCGUAAUUUUAAUCAUUACACCAGUUUUGGGUGUUCUAUCUCUUUUAUUUAUCUUGGUGGGGUGUUUACUUCUUGUUCGUCACAAAAAAUCUGAGAUAAAAGAGCGGCAAUUUCAAGAUUUAUUUGCCAUAUGGGGAUAUGAUGGGGAAAUCCUCUAUGAAAACAUUCUUGAAGCUACAGAGCAAUUCAACUCCAACUAUUGCAUUGGCUCAGGAGGAUAUGGAAAUGUUUACAAAGCUCUGCUGCCAACUGGUCAAGUUGUUGCGGUUAAGAAACUUAACCCAUCAGAUGACAAUCAGUCCAUCAAUUUGCGAGCAUUUGAAAGCGAGAUUCGUGCUUUAGUGGACAUACGACAUCGUAACAUUAUCAAGUUGUAUGGUUUUUGUUCAAAUGCAGAGCAUUCAUUCCUGAUCUAUGAGUUUGUAGAAAGGGGGAGCUUGAGGACAAUUUUGAGCAACCCAGAAGAAGCGGCAGAGUUGGAUUGGGAUAAGAGAUUGAACAUUGUUAAAGGUUUAGCGAGUGCUUUAUCUUACAUGCACCAUGAUCGCCCUUCACCAAUAAUCCAUCGUGACAUUUCUAGCAACAAUGUUUUGUUAGAUUUGGAUUAUGAAGCUCAUGUCUCAGACUUUGGCACAGCUAGGAUUUUGAAGCCGGAUUCUUCUAACUGGACAUCCUUUGCAGGCACAUUUGGCUACACAGCUCCAGAACUUGCUUACACGAUGCAGGUGAAUGAAAAAUGUGAUGUCUAUAGUUUUGGGGUGGUAACAAUGGAGAUAAUUAUGGGAAGGCAUCCAGGUGAUCUUAUUUCAGAUUUAUGGACACCAAAUGGCCAGCAGAUGUUGCUGAAGGAUGUCAUAGAUCAAUGCCUUAAGCCUCAAAGGAGGAAUAUGGUGGCUGAGCAAGUGGUUGCUACCACAAAGCUAGCAUUUACAUGUUUGCAUUCCAAUCCUCAAUUUCGCCCCACUAUGCAGCAGGUUUAUCAGGCUCUUACAAGUGGUCGACCAUCUCUAUUGCCAAAGCCAUAUUCAAUGAUAAGUUUGGGAGAUUUGAUUGGAGAUGGACAUGGGAUGCAAGGCUGAAUUGCUUGGAUAUUUAUCAUAGUUCUAGGUAUGUGUCAUUUGUAUUUAUCUUUUCUAGUCUACCUUCUCUCUCAACAUAAAUUAUUUUUAUUCUUUGUGUUCUACUCUUUGUGAUAAACUCUUGAAUUUGUUUGCUUUGGCUUUUAUUGAUGCUAUCUUGCUGAUAUAAUGGAAUAUUAUAUAAAAAUAUGACAGGUUGUGAAGUCUAAUAAAGAACUUGAAGAAAUGUGGAUGUGUUAUCAAGUUUUCUAUUUACAUUCAAUCUGAAGAUGAACGGGACUACUUUUUUCUAAUAAAUUAGGAAUGUAGUUAAGCUACACACUGUGUGGACUAUUGCAUUCUUUUGAUUGUUGCAACUCCUUAGGGUUUUUUUUUUUUUUUUUCGUUUUUUAAAAAAUAAUUUGCUGGUGUAUGUGUGUUGCUACCAUCAGCGUUGGAUGGUCUUUGUAUUCAUUUGCCAUAAGUUAUAUUAGCUGAUGUAAAUUUAUUUUCAUUGAAUUUUAUGAUUUCUAUGUUGGGGUUUAUUACUAAUACAACUCCUCCUUGUUU